UGUGUGUUGCUUUCGACGUCGGCAUUUCGCUACGUGACUGAAAACUCUAAAUCAUUUGACAAACAACGAAACGAAGUGUAAAUCAAAAUUAACAAAUAGUAAUUAUAAAUUAAAUGCAUAAGCAUACAUGUUAAAUUAAAAGCUUUGAAUUGGGACCAACUAGCCUUCGUUUAUAGAACACAGCGUAAAAUUGUCAGUAAUCGCAAUAAGCAAGAUAAUAAUAAUAUAUAGAGCGCAACUGAGGAGCACAGCACACACACACACACAAAAGCCGAGCGACUGAGCAACCGAGCUAUAACUGCAUAGGCACACCCACCACCCGCACCUCAUCUGCACCCAUCGGCCAAUAGCUAAUAGCCAAGAACCAUCAGCCAUCAGAAAGCACAAACUCCAAGAUGUCAUUUCGCGUAGUGCGCAGCUCAAAAUUUCGUCAUGUCUACGGGCAGUCGUUGAAGCGGGAGCAAUGCUACGAUAAUAUACGUGUCUCCAAAUCCAGCUGGGACUCCACAUUCUGUGCCGUCAAUCCCAAAUUCUUGGCAAUCAUUGUGGAAUCGGCGGGCGGCGGCGCGUUCAUUGUAUUGCCCCAUAAUAAGGUUGGACGCAUUGCAGCCGAUCAUCCGCUGGUGGGCGGACACAAAGGUCCAGUCCUGGAUAUUGCUUGGUGUCCGCACAACGACAAUGUGAUUGCCUCCGGCUCGGAGGAUUGUGUAGUCAAGGUUUGGCAAAUACCCGACGGGGGUUUGUCACGCACGCUCACCGAGCCCGUGGUUGAUCUGGUAUUCCAUCAGAGAAGAGUGGGGCUCGUGCUGUGGCAUCCCUCGGCGCUCAAUGUGCUGCUGACGGCCGGCUCGGACAAUCAGGUGGUGAUUUGGAAUGUGGGCACUGGCGAAAUACUCGUGCACAUAAACUCACAUCCGGAUAUUGUUUAUAGUGCCUGCUUCAAUUGGGACGGCUCCAAGCUGGUCACCACAUGCAAGGACAAAAAAAUUAGGAUUUAUGAUCCGCGCACCGCCGAACUGGAGAGCGAGGCGAUGUGCCAUGAGGGUUCAAAGGCAACGCGAGCCAUUUUCCUGCGACAUGGUCUCAUCUUUACCACCGGCUUCAAUCGCAGUUCAGAGCGCCAGUAUUCAUUGCGUGCGCCCGACGCCCUCAACGAGCCCAUUGUCAUGGUCGAGCUGGACACGUCAAACGGCGUGAUGUUCCCUCUGUACGAUGCGGAUACGAAUUUGAUUUAUUUGUGCGGCAAAGGCGACUCAGUCAUACGUUACUUUGAGGUAACCCCGGAGCCACCGUUUGUGCACUAUAUUAACACAUUUCAAACACCAGAUCCGCAGCGUGGUAUUGGCUUGAUGCCAAAACGUGGCUGUGACGUCACCACCUGCGAAAUAGCCAAAUUCUAUCGCCUGAACAACAAUGGUCUGUGUCAAGUGAUUUCGAUGACUGUGCCGCGCAAAUCGGACCUCUUCCAAGAAGAUCUCUAUCCCGAUACGUUGGCAGAAGAUGCCGCCAUCACGGCCGAGGAGUGGGUGGAGGGCAAAGAUGCUGAUCCACUGACAUUCUCGCUCAAAGAUCGCGUCUCCAUUGUACAGGGUGGCUAUGUCUCGUCGGCGAACAAAACUCUGGGAGUGAAAAAGAACCCGCUGAGCAUCCCGCGAGGAGCUGGAGGAGCCGGCAGCAGUAGUGGUGGCAAUCAUGCAUCUGCGAACAAUAACGAGUCCAGCGAUGGUGGAGCGCCAGCGGCGGUAUUCUCGGAAAAGGAUCACCGCAACAUACUGGAUGAGAUACGUAAGCUCAAGGCGAUCAUUGUCAAACAAGAGAAUCGCAUACGUGCCUUAGAAGCGAAAGUGAGUGCGAGCAAUGGAGACGAAACGGAUGCGCGCAACAGCAAUAAGAACGGGAGCGGUGGCCAGACUGCGGCGGGCUCCGAUAGCCAUGCCAGUGAAAGUGCCAAUGAUCGCGCAUCGACGUCAACUGCACCGGCGGCGGACAACGCGCACGACGACGAUUAAACGUUCCAGCUGUGGCCAAAAAAUAAAAACUGUAAAUGGCUGGGUACUGCAUCGAGAAGCUCGUCGUUAUCGUUUGUCUUUCUUUAAUGCAAAAAUUACGUUUAUUUUUUACUCUACAUGUGUGUGUCGUCUAUGAUUUAUUAUUUCGAUUAUUUAUUUUAUAUAAUUUAAUGUUAGAAUUUUUACAAAGUGCGAAUAGCAAACACAAUCAACAACAAAAACAGAAACAGCGAGCAAAACGCAUAAUACUUACACAACAUCCUGCCAAAUAUAUUGAAAAGAAAUUAUGAAAACCUAACGAACCAAAAUGUUCUCUAAACUAUUGCCUUCAAAAUUGAGGAGCAGAGAAUAUUUAAAUUUUUGAGAGAUAUUGUUGUAAAGUUAACAAAAUAACACAGAAUUAGUGAAAAUCAAUGCAUAGACUUAACUGCUGCAAUCGAUAUUUAAUUUUUUGUUUUUGAAAUUAUACAUAAAAAAUAACAAAAUUAUACAUAAUUAAUUGUUAAUACGAAAUUCAUGACAAUAGCUUUUAAAAUUUAUAGGAUUCAUCCGAAUUUGUUAAAACCUUGUGCCGCGGCUUUAAUAAAUAUUUUUUCUCGUUUUAACUAAAAUUAAGUUAUAUUUUGUAAUAAUAAAAACCAACGAAAUCACUCUUUAAAAA